UUCAUACUAAAUCUUUGAAAUCCUCCAAUGUGUAUUUUAUACUUACAGCACAUCUCAAUUCAGAUUAAUGACAUUACAAGGGCUCCAUAGCCACACUUGGCUAGUGGCUACCAUAUUGGAAAAUGCAAGUCUAUGUUUCCCCAGUUGUCCCAGUAAUACCCUUUUAUAGCAUAUACAUACAAACACACUCACACACAUGCAUGCACACCCCUCUGGACACAGGAUCCAACCAUAGAUUUCAUGUUUAAUUUAGUUGUCAUGUCUCUUCAGCCUCUUUUAAUCUAGAACACUACCUGCCCCUCCUCCUUUUUUUAAACUUCCACACCUUAAUAUAUUUGAAGAAUAUAGGCGAGUACAUUUUGUAGAAUCUUUCAAAUUUAGAGAGGGAGUCCAAAUUUCCGCUUUGAAAGUAGAGCUAAAAGGAUUUGUUGAUAAGUUGGAAAUGAGAUGUGAGACAGAUAAAAGCCAAGGAUGAUCCCAUCAUUUCAGCCUGAACAACUGGCAGGAUGGAAUACCAUCCUCCAAGAUAAACUGAGAAGCGGCAGGUUUAGAAAGGAAGCUCAGGAAUUCUGUUUUGACAUUUUCAGUUUGAAAAGCCUCUUAGACAACCAAAUAGAGAUAGCAAUUUGGUGAUUGAAUGCGAUUGAUGUGUUGGAGUUCAAGUGAGAAAUCCAGUUAAAAAUAUAAAAUUGGGAAUCUUCAGCAUAUGGAUGGUAUUUAAAGCCAUGAGACUGGUUUAUUUCAUCUAGGAAGUAUAGAUAGAGAAAAAGGAUACAAGGACGGAGCCUUGGGACAUUCCAAUAUUUAGAGGUCAUAAAGAAGAGGGGGGGCCAUCAAAGGAAAAUGAAGAGUGACCAGUAGGAGAAAAAUCAAGAGUUUGCCAUCUUAGAAGCUAGAUGAAAAAAGUGUUUCAAGGAGAAAGGAGUGUCAAAUGCUGAAGACUGAGAAAUGGAUUCAGCAGGAUGAAGGUCAUCUGUGACCCAGACAAGCAAUUUCGGUAGACUCGUGGGGUUGAAAUCCUAUUGGGAGUAUAUCCAAGAGAGAAUGAAGGAACAAAUGAAACAGCAAUGUUGCCAAGUGAUGAAUUCCAGAAUUCUCAACUAUUAACUUCUGUGACUGCCUGUAGUGUUAGUGAAGCACCAUUGGCCUUUUUACACAAUGGUUAAGAUCCUCGCUUAUUUUAUGAAAUGUGGGACUCAAAUUUAUGAGUAUUUUGUGAGGCUGUAUCAGCACCUCCGGAAAUUCUGGAUUGUCACUGCUAAGAGGCUUUUCAUUAAGCAGAAGGAAGAAGAACAUAUCCCUCCAGCUGAGAGCAUUUUUCACAAAGAAAAAAUUUUACUACUUGGCCGUAGGUUGAAGAAUAAUUCUCUGUCCAUUGAGAAGAGAGCUCAAGCUGCCUACAGAAUCGGACUAUUGGCCUUCACAGGGGGACCAACUGCUGGGAAAUUUGCAGCUGAGCACAUGCAAGAAGUAGCCCAGUUGUUACAAAAUCAUGAGAUGACACCAAAAACAAAGAUCCUGCUGCUCCAGAGUGUAGCCUGUUGGUGUUACUUAAACCCUGCCAGCCAGAGAAGAGCCAGACAUCUGCAGUUUAUUCCUAUUCUCAUCAGUGUUUUGAAAAGCAGAUGUGAGUCUACUAUCAAAAGUGAAAUAAACAGCCACCUCUGUGUGAAAUUUUGGACUUGCUAUGUUCUCUCCGUCAUGACAUGCAAUAGCUCGUCUUGCAUGAAGGAGCUUGGAGACCACAGCACUCUAAAAUAUGAUUUGCAAAUUUUGGCUGCUGAGAAUUGGUCCGGAUGGCCUGAGAAUUUUGCAGAGGUGCUGUAUUUCCUAAUUGGUUUCCACAAGAGUUAAUCUCUCUAAAUCCAGUUACGCGAUGCAGCUGUCUGCACCAUUGCCUUACUCUGGAAAACUGAAAUAAAUAGUAAAAGUCGAUAUAUUAUUCUUCCGGGUUUU